AUGGAGAGGUGCUUGGACAGAACCAAUUUGGCUUUGCAACCGGCCAAUAUAUUCACUUCACUUGCGCCAGAUCGUUUGAACGCUGCUUUCCAAACCAUUCCCGAGAUUCAGCAGACAAAACCUGAUCAAGUCGUCGCCUUGGAGAUGAUACAUGUCAAGUCAUUCGAAGAAGCAUACAAGUUGAAGAAAAUUGGUAAGUCCUUGUAA